AUGGAGGGUGAGGUGUCUGACGUGGGGGUCUGCAAUCUGGCCUAUGCCGGGCGUCUGGAGGAGCUGCGGGACCAGCUGCUGCGCGACAGGGCCCUGGCCGCCGUGACCGACCAGGACAACCGGACCGCGCUGCACUGGGCCUGCUCGGCGGGACACACGGACGUCGCCAGCCUUCUCCUCAGCCUCGGCGUGCCUGUGAACGAUAAAGACGAUGCUGGUUGGACUCCCUUGCACAUUGCUGCUUCAGCGGGCCGUGAUGAAAUUGUGAAAGCCCUCAUUGCCAGAGGUGCUCAUGUGAACGCUGUCAAUCAGAACGGCUGUACGCCCCUGCAUUAUGCAGCCUCCAAAAAUAAGCAGGAGAUUGCAGUCAUGCUUUUAGAGAACAAAGCUGAUCCGGAUGCAACAGAUCAUUUUAAAUCUACACCGUUACAUAGAGCAGCAGCCAAAGGAAACCUGAAAAUGGUGCAGAUCCUUCUGCAGCACAAUGCAUCUGUUGAUAUACAGGACUCUGAAGGGAAUACUCCUCUUCAUUUAGCCUGCGAUGAAGAGCGAGUGGAGGAGGCAAAGCUGCUGGUGUCUCACGGUGCAAGUAUUCACAUUGAGAAUAAAGAAGAAUUGACACCACUGAAAGUGGCAAAAGGGGGCCUGGGAGCCACGCUUAAAAGGAUGGUGGAAGGCUAG